UUUGAUUUUGCGUCAUGACGUAAGGGGGUUACGUUACGUAUCUGCAGCUGAAUCAGGAAGUAACACGGAGAGAGCCGCAGCUGAAAAUGUUUACAUUCAGUUUAACACUCGUACGACAUGGGGAAACAGAGUACAACAGGCUAAAGCUGCUUCAAGGACAAGGUGUGGACACGCUCCUGUCAGAAACAGGUGCUCAGCAGGGUGAGGCGGUGGGAAAAUACCUCAGAGACAUCCCAUUCAACAAUGUGAUUGUCAGCAACCUACAGCGAGCCAUGCAGACAGCUGAAAUCAUUCUGAGAAACAACACUCACUGUUCUGGCACGGAGAUGGUUUUGGAGCCGUUACUCAGAGAGAGGGGUUUUGGCGUUGCUGAAGGACGUCCCAAAGAGGAUCUGAAGAACAUGGCCAACGCCGCCGGUCAGUCAUGUCGUGACUACACCCCUCCAGGGGGAGAAACUUUAGACCAGGUGAGGCUGCGAUUCAAAAAAUUCCUCAAAGUCCUUUACAAGCAAAUGUUGGACGAACACGGUUGGUCAAGACCGGACGCUUCUGCUGUAUCAUCAGAGGCUGAAGACUCUGCGAACGAUACUGCAGCUGCUGCCUCAGCUCUGGGUGCGUCAGCUGACGACGGUCUCCAGGGAGUGCCGGUCCACGUUCUGGCUGUGAGCCACGGGGCUUAUAUCCGAGUAGCCGUCAAGCACCUCGUAGAGGACUUGGAGUGCUCUCUGCCUGAAGGAGUGAGGAUGUCGCAGCUGUUUUCACCCUGUCCAAACACAGGCAUCAGUCGCUUCAUUUUCACUCUGAACCGCUCCGACUCCGGCCCGGUCCUCUCAGCUGCACGCUGCGUCUUCACCAACAGGAAGGAACACCUGGAAAACCUCACAGCUGCUGAAUAGUGUUGAGGGAAAGAGAGGGGAUUUAUGCAUCAAGUACUGUUUGUGUGCAUAUGUACACAGUAUCUGACAGGCACAAUCAUGAACACUAAAGGGAAACAAAAGGCACAGACCUCAGAGUUACCACAGGUAACUGAAUGCAACAAUACACACAGUAAAUUGUGUUUUACAAAGUAACUGCGCAGUACUGUAUUGUCAGACCAUUUUAUCAUGCUCCUGACUAUGGGCCAGUAAGCACUACUGUUGUACUUCAUUCAAUAUAGGUUAUUUUAUUAUUGAUUUUAUGAUGUUAUACCAAAGUCAGAACUAUUUAAGGUAUUAUUGAACACUGUAGAUAGGUGUGGCAUUUUGAAGUUGACGUGUCUCCUGUGUGCUGCUUAUUUAACUUGUGCAAUACAACCUGAAAACACUGA